AUGGAUGGUAGGUUUGGGUUGAUUGAAAAGGAUUUGAAGAUGGCGGUUGCGGGAUGUGAUAUUUGUGGUGAUGAGCAUUACACAGAAGAUUGUGAUAAAGCACCAUGGAAUGAAGAAGUUGAUUAUGAAAUUAUAGGUCCACAUUGGGAGCUUCAUGGCAAGGAAGAAAUCAAGGAGGUUGAUAGUGAGGACGAAGAAGAUGAACAAGUUGAUGAAGAGAUUGUACUGGAGCCGAACCAAGCCGUGAAACCACCAGCCGUUCCACUUACAUCUGGGAUGCCGAAUUAUGCCAAGUUUAUCAAGGAUCUUAUAACGGAUAAGAGGAAGCUAAGGCUACUUUUCCUCAAUGCGGAGUGUUCGGUGAUUGUGCAAAAUCAAAUCCCUCCUAAGCUUGAAGAACCAGGGAGUUUUCUAAUUACUUGUUCUCUUGAUGCUAAACUUACUUGUGAUGCUUUGGCCGAUAUUGGUGCAAGCAUUAUUUUAAUGCCUUUUUCAGUUUAUAGGAGAUUGUCUUUAGCGGCUCUUAAGCCAACUCGGAUGAGCAUUAGGUUCGCCGACCAUUCAUUCCAGUAUCCCAUGGGGAUUGCUGAAAAUUUGUGUGUUAAAGUAGGCCAUAUUGUCUUUUUAGCCGAUUUUGUUAUUCUUGAGAUGGAAGAGGAUGCCAAGGUUCCUCUUAUCUUAGGCCGACCUUUCUUGUAUACGGCCGAUGCCAUCAUUCGUGUUAAGGAUAAGAUUAUUUCGAUUGAUGUCAUUGACAAGGAUGAAGCUUUGGAAAUGGAAUUGAUGAAUUUUUUGGACACGGAUGAAGGAGAAGCUUUGCUAGCUUGUAGUGAAGAGGAGCAAGUGAUGGUUGCGGAUAUGGUGAAAGAGAUUUUGGAGUUAAGCACGGAUGAGUCAACACCGGAAGAUGAGACUUUUGAGGAGAUUGAGAGGGAUGGUUUGAAGAUUGAAACUUCGGUGGACAAUCCACCAACCGAUUUGGAGCUCAAGCCACUUCCCGUGCACUUAGAAUAUGCAUUCCUCGAAGGUAAGUCACUUCUUCCCGUUGUCAUAUCAUCAUCACUUUCGGAUGAUGAAAAAGGUAGGUUAAUGACUAUGUUGAAGGCUCAUAAAAGAGCUUUUGCUUGA